AUGACGCGCGAUAUCCAAGGCACUCCAACGGCUAUUCGCCGCCUGUUCCCUCCACUUCGCUCACUCGCUCCCCCUUUGUCUCAGUCGUCCUCUUUUCUCUCCGCCUGUAUCAACCACCCAACACGCCGCGUCACAUCCGAUCCCCUCCCUUUGCCUCUCAACAUCUCGCCAUCUCUCUCCGCUUGUCCUCAGCCAACGCCCUCUCUCAAACGAUCAGUUCUCGUUGCCGACUCCAACCCGCUUUCUGUGACGCAUGCACCAUCCCCGCGACCUUUUGUCGACUGUCCCCCGUCUCUCCAGCUCAGGGACACGACGCAGGACCGCUUUCUCGACUACCCGAUUCCCACGUCCUCAACCGCGCCCAACACUCAACCGCGCAUAGACCACGUCCUCAAUCACUCUCCAACGCCCAAUCCGCCGUCCAACGCCCAGCCUCUCAUGAACGAGCCGGACGGAGAAACUCAGCGAGGAAAAGGGGAAAUGUCUGCGGAAAUCAGUAAAGCGCGCCCUCGGGCCGCAUUGCUCGCAUUGCAGAGGCGAUACGUGAAUAAGGUUCCGCAGACGCAGAACGCGAACGAGAGCCAAACGAUGAAGGGCGCCGUCAGCAUCCCAUCCCAUCUCAUCCUACCCCAUCCCAUCUCAUCCCAUCCCAUCCCAGUAUGGUGCCAAGUCCCUACGCCUACGCCGUCCUGCUUCCCCGCACAGUCACGCGAUGACGGCGGCGAAGCCAAUACCCCGAAACGCGAGCGGAAUCGGAAAGCAGCGAAAGGGGAAGUGGGGAUACGAGAUACGAGAAACGAGAAAUGGGCACGAGGGAUGGGAGCGAACGUAAACAGGUUUAAAGGUAACCGGGUAAACGCCGGCGCCGACGCGACGGGGAAGUGCAAGGGACGCGAAAUGGGCAACGUUGGCGGCACCACCGACUUCCACUACGUCAGACGGCCCUAUAUGCACGCACGUCGCACGCACGCAUGGACGCGUUACUGGACGCGACUCCGCACUGCUGAGGCACCCAGUGGGGACACGACGAAUGGAGACGAAAGGAGAAAGAAGGAAGGGGAACGACAAACGGAAAUGAGAACACAGAGGAGAGACGGAAAAGAGAAAGAGAAAGAGAGUGUGAGAGAGAGACUACGUACUGCUAGAGAACGGGUUAGUCGCGCGGAUACAAACGCCAACGAGCACGAGCGCGAACACUAA